AUGUAUUUCUUUGCAGUUUUCAAUGUAUUUCUUCACAGUCCUCAAUGUAUUUCUUCUCAGUCCAACAAUGUGUUUCUUCGCAGUUCUCAAUGUGUUUCCUCACAGUCUUUAAUGGGGUUCAUCGCUAUCCUACAAUGUGUUUCUUCGCAGCACUACAAUGUUUUUCUUCGCAGUCCUCAAUGUGUUUCUUCGCAGCACUACAAUGUGUUUCUUCGCAGCACUACAAUGUGUUUCUUCGCAGGCCGACAAUGUGUUUCUUCGCAGGCCGACAAUGUGUUUCUUCGCAGCACUACAAUGUGUUUCUUCGCAGCACUUCAAUGUGUUUCUUCGCAGCACUACAAUGUGUUUCUUCGCAGUCCUCAAUGUGUUUCUUCGCAGCACUACAAUGUGUUUCUUCGCACUACGUAUCUAUCUAUCUAUCUAUCUAUCUAUCUAUCUAUCUAUCUACAUCAGUAUGUUUAUAUCUAUGUAUCUAUCUAUCUAUCUAUCUAUCUAUCUAAUUGCAUUCAUCAUUUAUCUAUCUAUUUAUCUAAAUGA